ACUUUUUUCUUAGUUUAUUUGCAUGCGGCGAGCGAGCGUUACGGCUAAAAAGAAAAAAUCGAAGGCGGCACCAAAUUGAAAAAAAAAAAAAACGCGAUUCUAGUCAAAGUCAAUUUUUUCUGGCUGUUGGAGAUUAUUUUUAAAUUUUAUAUAUUUUACGGAAAAACGACAAAAACAACAAACGAAAAACAAACAUAAAAUAUAAAAUUUGUAAAGAUCUUCGAAAAGUGAAAAAUUAUUUUUAAUAAAAAAAUAGCGAAAAUAGUUGAGACAUAAAAUUUUGUUUACCCAGUUGCCAAUUUCUCUGUCUCAAGAAAACGUGAGGAAUCCGGAAAAAUGGCCUGCUCAACGAAAACGCUGAAAUUCUUUAGCAUCAAAUGGGAUGUAAUCUAUGCGAUCCUUUCAAUAGCUCUGAUCGUGCUUGGAGCCUUUAUCCUCAUCAAAUUUGAAAGAUUCGAUACCGUGGGUUACACCCUGGUCGGCAUGGGAUCUCUCGUUUUGUUGUUUACCAUUGUGGGCAUUGUUGGAGCAGCACGCGAACGGAGCACUCUUCUGAAAAUUUUUGCUUUGAUUGUCGUUAUUUUGGCCAUAACGCAUGUAAUUAUCCUCGGCUUCUUUUGGAUAUUCCAAACGUCGUUUUUGAUUAACGCAGACAAGGCAUUCGAUGAAAUUUGGCGUGACCAGCCAACACCGAUUAAACCUGAAAAUGGCAGUCAUAUUGCCAAUAUUGAACGUUGGUUGAGCUGUUGUGGAAACAGUGGUUCCGUGGACUAUCAUCUGCCACCCCACAGUUGUUAUGAUUCGAAGACUGACAAACUGAACACGGAUGGUUGUCGCCAGAAAUUUGUGGAUUUCAUUACGGAAAGUUGGACAUAUUUGAAUAUUUUCGUUCUUGUUUACGUUGUCAUUGAGCUAAUCUGUGCCAUUUUUGCAUUCGUUUUGGCCAACAGCAUUGUGAAUCGUUGGCGUCGUUCGAAAUACUACUCCAAGUAGAUUGUGGAAAAGUGCGAAGUGAAUCAACAUCAUCGUCAUCAUCGUCGCCCCCCGAAGCUGGCACGUCGAUCGUCAUUAUGAUCAUCUGUUGGCAAUGGACGUCUGUUCGAAGCUAAUAAUGAUGACAAAAUAUUAACGGGAUGUGUUUUUGUUUGCGAUUUCCACCAAUUGCUGUUGGUAUUUUCGGGAAAAUAGCGAAGAAAUAGAAAAAUAAAAACAAAUCAUAUAUUUUUAAUAGUGUCUCAACAAAAACCAAAGAUAAACAGUUUCAGUUUCACUUUUCAUCGAUGCUGCUGUCAAUGUCGCCACUGCUGAAACAGAUUUCGUUAGGAAUAUCGUUGGACCUGCAGAGACGGAGUAAACGAUAUUGCCACGCUAGUCUGUCUACCUCAUUAUCAUCAUUAUCACCAUCAUAAUUAUUAUCAUCCUCAAUGCUAAUUAGUUGCUUAUGAUUACCAUUGUCGUCUGACAUUGUUCAAAAAAAAAAAAAGUUUCCAAAAAAUAAAAACAAAUGAUGCAAACAAGUAUCGGAUAACAAUUUUCUUGACACCGUUUGCAAAAAUAAAUAUUUUAUUUUUUGUUUUUACCAUUAAUGUAACGCAAACCCCCCUUAAUUGUUCAGAAUUUAAAUUUAAGAAUUUUAUUUUGCAUUGUAAUAUUUAAAUAAGUUAAAAAUUGUACAAAAUACUUUGUACAUACUUUUGAGUGCGGCUGAGGCGCUGGGAAAAUCUAACCAUUAAAAAUAAAUAUUUAAAAAUUGUCAAUUUCCCAGUGGUCAUAAAAUAUCACAUGUGUACAAUUCAGUGAUCUUGUGCGCUGUCGCAUACGAUAAUGUGUAGGAUAAUAAAGGUCAUAACCCACACACACAGAUAUUGAUGCGCCAGUAGGUAGCCAAGAUCACUUGAAUGAAGGGACACGCAGCCAUGUAAUGUUUCCUUUUAAAUCUAAUAAUAGAUAAGAACAAUUGUGUGGCUGCGACUAGGUUAAGUUAGAUUAGUUUCAGUAGUACGUAAGGAACAUAUUUUAAAAAUAAAAUUAGAAUUGAAUCUACAGCCAUACGAUACGGUUGUGUUUUCUCUUCUCCCGCUUACAUAUGGUCAAUCGAGCCUUCACUUUUUUAUAAAGUGGAAAUAACUAGCGGCCGUAAAAAAAUUGUAGGAGUUUUCCCCCACCAGUGGUAAGAGACUCACUACAAGCAGAAAUAGAUAUUCUCCAGAAAUAGAGGAGAAUUUCUACAAAAAACAAAGUCCGUUAAGGCAUUUUAAAUAUAAGACCAUAGGGGCAUUUUGAAAUAGCCGAAGGGACUAAUUUGAAUAAAAAAGCCAUAGGGGCAAAAUAAAAAAAAAAGCCAUAGGGGCAAAAUAAAAAAAAAAAAAAGCCAUAGGGGCAAAAACAAAAAAAAAAAAAGCCAUAGGGGCAAAAAUAAAAAUAAAACGAAAAGAGGACAACAAAAGUCCCAAAAUAAAAAAAAUAUAAAUUUUGAAAAGAGGACAUCAAUUAGUCCAAGUUAAAACUCAAAAAGAAUUCCGAAAAAAAAAAAAAAAAAAAUGGAUCAAGAAGCAAAAUUUUUGGUCUUGGC